UCUCCCAACCUCACCUCAUAAUAGCCCCUCUCCCUUUCCCCCUACAGUAGCUUUGAUUUUCCAAAUCCCCCCAUUCACUAAUCCACCCCUCUUUUACCAUCUCCUCAUCAUCACAAUUUCCAGUCAGAUUCCACUUCCUUUUUCCCCAUUUCCCCCCCUAUUUCACUCCCAAAAUGAACAACUUACUCCCUGCCGGCCUCGUCUCCAAUCUCCAGCAAGCGCUCGCGAAUCGCAAGCCGGGCGAAGACGACGCCGUUUCGUCCAAGGCCGACGACGAUUCCGCCCUCCCCUCCUCCUCCGAGGGCGAGGACAGCUCGAAGCCCGUGAUUUUUGUCACCAACAGCGAUGGGAUUGAAUCCCCCGGGCUCUCCUUUCUGGUCAAUGCGCUCGUCGAGGAAGGCGCUUACAAUGUCAACGUCAUCGCCCCUCAAUCGGAUAAAUCGAUGUCAGGGCAUUCGGUGUCGCUCAAGGAGACUAUUGAGGUGGCUUCAGUGCAGAUUAAGGGAGCCACGGCAUAUGAAAUUUCUGGAACUCCGGUGGAUUGUGUAUCGCUAGCGUUAUCCGGUGCACUGUUUUCAUGGACAAAGCCUCUUUUGGUUGUAAGUGGUAUCAACAAGGGUUCGAGCUUUGGACACCACAUGUAUUAUUCGAGCGUUGUUGCUGGAGCUAGGGAAGCCCUGGUUUAUGGAGUGCCGGCCAUCUCAAUAUCGCUUAACUGGCAGAAGGAUGAAAGUCAGGAAAGUGACUUCAAGGAUGCUGUGACUGUGUGCUUACCGAUAAUAAAGGCAGCCAUGAGAGAUAUAGAGAAGGGGGUAUUCCCAAAAGGUUUCUCGUUGGACUUGGAACUUCCGACGUCACCCUCUGCAAACAAGGGAGUCAAAGUUACCAAGAGAAGCCACUGGAGGUCCAACCUUAACUGGCAAGCCGUUUCAAACACCAGAGCCCAGGCUGCUGCACGUUUCACUGGCGGUCAGCCACCCAUGGGACUGAAUAUUGCCCAACUCAGCCGUGACGCAUCUGCUGCUGGUGCUGCUCGUCGCCUGACAACUCAGAAAAAGGACAUUGAGGUUGUGGAAUCAGUUGGUGUAUCACCGAAAGCUCACUUCAAAAAGACAGUCAAGUACUUCCGUGCAGAGAUGCUCCCAAAGGACAACAAGGAAGAUAGUGAGGAUCUGGAUUUCAAGGCCGUUGAGAAUGGCUUCGUUUCACUCACUCCUUCCUACGCCUCUGUGGAUUCAGAGGCCGAUGCUGCAGCUCUGGACUGGAUAAAGUCUGCAGUUCUAGAGGGACAAUAGGAAGAAGACGAGAUGGGAGCAGUCGAGCAGUUGGAACUUAUUUGUACAUUUGAAGCCUCGGGCCUUAAUCGUCUGUCACAUGUAUUUUUCUAAUACCAUGUGGCUGUAUUUAUUUAUUUAUUUUUCCUUCAUUUCUUCUGCAGCAACUAGUUUAUUUCCCAUAUUUUGUGAGGCAAACGCUUCAGCUGCUAGUUUUUUUUCAUCUACAGUUUCUUACCUACCAAAAAUGGAUCAUAGGUUGGUUUUUUAGGUUCUUGAUUUUGUGUUUUUUUUUUUUUGUUUAUCCUCAAAUUCUGGUUUUUGAGGUUGGUGUAUUGGUUUGUGGUAUAAACUCUCUGUUAUGCCAGAAAAAAGGGCUUUUUAGAUAAUGAAAUUUUCUUGCAUUUUGGUUUUGA